AUGGCCAUCCAGAACUCCCCAGACAAGAAGGUGACCCUAAACGGUAUUUAUCAGUUCAUAAUGGAGCGCUUUCCCUUUUACAGGGACAACAAGCAGGGCUGGCAGAACAGCAUCAGACACAAUCUGUCCCUGAACGAGUGCUUUGUCAAAGUGCCCCGCGAUGACAAAAAACCUGGCAAAGGCAGCUAUUGGGCUCUCGACCCGGACUCGUAUAAUAUGUUUGAGAACGGCAGCUUUUUGAGGCGACGGCGGCGUUUCAAAAAGAAGGACGCCUUAAAGGAUAAGGAGGAGCGAACUAGCAAGGAAGCGCCUUCCCGCCAGCAGCAGAAUCAGCCGCCGCCGCAGCAGCAGACGAGCCGCGACCAGGAGCAGUCGGUGCCGGGCUCGCAGCCCGUGCGUAUUCAGGACAUUAAAACCGAGAACGGCACGUCCACGCCGCCGCAGUCUGUUUCGCCCACACUAAGAUCUGUUCCCAAGAUUGAGAGCCCCGACAGCAGCAGCAGCAUGUCCAGCGGCAGCCCGCACAGCAUCCCGUCCACCCGCUCUCUCAGCCUGGACAGCGCCGGGGAACAGCAGCAGCAGCAUCACCACCAGGGCCAGGCCCCCGC